UUUAAAUGAGCCUUCUAGAACUGCUGUAAUCAUCCCGAGUUAUCAGGAAUACUACUGAGCGUGUACACGAUCCCCUCUUUUUGUUUCUAAGCGACAAUGGCCAAGCCAUCCGGCAAACAGUUGACUUAUCCACCAGAGGAGGUCGAUCCAUUAGAAGUUUUGUCAAAGAAAAUUGGACACAGUGUAGAAGAUGAAAUAGAAGUCGAGAAAAAAACCGCUGUUCCAGAGGGAACACUACUGAGCCAUUUUGUUACGGGCAACCAGGUGCAGUUGGUCUCAAAAAUAAGUGGACGAGCACUCAGGAUUGUACAGGAUCGGUUUGGUAAACUCAAAGUAGACGGUAGGGGAGACCUGGGGGAACAAGAAUGGAAUGCUGUCUGGACAGUUAUUAAUGAAAAGCACAACAUGGAGAUUCGCCUUCAUAAUAACUUUAAUUUCUUGGCUAUAAAUAAUGGAGAAACUAGAGUUGUUCACGUGCCGGAGGAAAAGGAGCACGAUAGGUUGGACACAUUGCUUCUAUUGGUUCUAGAUCCAGAAAAUUUUGUGGCCCUGGAAUCAGUGAAGGAACCUGAAAAAUGUGUAGGGGUAGAAGCCAACGGGGCUUUGAGAUCAGCGGAGAAAACGUUCGUCCAUGAUGACCAUGCCAUGUUCGGUGUACACUUGAUUAAGCAAGUUUCUAAUUAACUUGAAAAGACGGUGUUAAAGGAUUCAAGUAAAGGGAACUCCAUUGAUGAAGUAAAUCAAUGAAUGAGACAAAUAUAAUGUAUUGUCAAAUUAUGCUUUUUUCUCACUAUUUACCUCAGUAUUUUCAGUAUUACGUCCAGAAAACGUAUAAGUAUUAAAGAAAAUUCUACAAUAUCUAUAGAUGUU